CCAGGCUAGUUGCAUUUCUCAGGACAACACUAUUUAACGUACGGCACGAAAUAAUACCAGCCAGUGAUUGUAAGUGGAAGCAGAUUAGCAGUGAAUUUGCAUAUAUAAAAUCUAUUCGCCGUAGUAACCGGAACGUAAUGGGCUAUCUAAUUAUAUGGCUGGUAGCAAUUUGCCUGUCAGGAUUUAUGGCAUGCACAGCCCACGGGAUAGCUGUCGAGAUGCGUGCAGAAAUCAUAUCGGACUCGGCAUCCCGCAGCAAGCGAACAAUCGGAUCCGGCAGCGAUUUCGUAAACUGUUUGGCGAUAGGAGAAACCACAACGCAGCACCGCUUUUGCUCGUAUGACCAGUCUUUACUAAGUGCCAUUGUGCGGACAUUCACCCGUAGCGAUACUGAACAGCAAAAGGUACGGCCCAUGUGCCCUGCAGGGCAAGUUUUUCGCAAUCGCUGCAAUGUUUGCGAGUGCAAGGCCGGGGGAUCGCUGCUAUGCAGCACGGAUCUGUGUGCUGAGGAUUUUUUCGACGCCAACGGUCUGCCCAAGUAUUGGUGAUUAAGAACUUUUUUGGCUUGCUUUACAAGUUGUAUGGACCGGGAUAAUAAGAAGGUUAAAAUAGACUAUUUUAA